GACAAAGUAUUAUCCACUAUCGUGCCAAACGCGGUGAAUUUAGAAGCAGAUUGUACGUGUAAUUAACAAGAGUUAUGAGUUUUGUGAGAAGUAUUUUUGGUUCUGGUGAUAACAAAGAUACGGAAGUGGAAGAUGACACCAGUGACGAAACGUCUUCGUCCUCGGAUACGGGAUUUUUAAGUAAUAUGAGUAACAGUGAUUUGGAAAAUAGUUUGGGCUCUAAUGGAAACGGGGAUCCCGACUGUUCAACGAUUUCCAAUUUUUUUGGUUAUUGGAAAAACCUGGUCAACCAGGAAGCUAAAUUUCAAAGUAAACUCAACGAACUUACGAAAGAACUAUCCAUCAGAGAUGCAGAAGCGAAUAAACUUAGAUUUCAAAUGGAAGAACUACAACGAGAUGCUUUCGCUAAAUCAGCUGGAAUGGACAGAUUGGAAUCGGAACUAAAAGAGGCCCAAAAAGAGUGUGAAUCUAUUGGAAGGACUAUACGAACGUUAGAGAAUGACCUCGAAAAUCAAAAAAAGCGAAAUAUCCUAUUAAAUAGAGAAUUAGAAGAAAAAACAGAAUCUUUCAGCGUCUCAGAAAAAGACUAUAAAUCUAAAAUAGAAUACCUCGAAAAUGUAAUAGCGGAACUACGUCAAAGAAUCGAAAAUUUAGAGCAACAAAUUAAAUCUUUACAAGAAGAAAAACUGCAAUUAUCAAAACGACAAGAAGAAAUAUUACUUGAAAGGGGGGAAGAAACAGAAAAAAUAGUAAAAACAUUGGAACAAACACAAAAGCAGAAGGAACAGCUAGAAGAAAAAUGGAAAAAAGACUUUGAAAAUUUGAGAACGGUGAACAUAUUACGAGAACAAGAAUUGUUGAAUGAUUUCGAAUGGAAAUUGAGAGAUGUAGAACAGACGUGUAAGAAAAAAAUAGACGAAAAAGAAGAGAUUUUGCAAAUAUCAUUGGAACAUUCGCGAAAUAAAGAGAAAGAAGCUGAAGAAUUAUCACUUAAGAUGGAAAGUCUUAAAUUAUUAGAAGAGGAGGUGAAUGAACUGAAAGAGAAAACGACUGACCAAAGUAAAAUAAUGAAAAAUAUGCAUGAUGAACACGAACAAAUGCGAGAAAAUGAGGAAAAUUUAAAAUCAGAAGUGAAAAAAUUAAGAAACUUGAUAAAUUUAGAAAAGGAAAAUCUUCAACAUAUGCAACGAAUGCACCAACAAGAAAUUUUAGAUAAAGAAAGGAAGUUACAACAAACAUUAAACGAAAAGAAGAUCGAAAUUGCGACAUAUUGGGAAGAAAAAUUAUUAAACGAAAUAUCCAGACUGAAAGACGAGCUAGAACAAGUUUAUACCGAAGAGAAGUAUACUGCUAUAGAAUCGGUUAAAAGAAAUAAGGAUGCUGACUUCAGAAAAGCGCAGGAACAGUGGAAACAAAAGUAUCAAGAGUAUGUGAACGAGGUUCACACAUUGAAAAAUGCUUUGGAAGAAAAGGACAAAUAUUAUAAAGAAGAAAUUGUGAAGCAGCAAUCUAUAACAGACCAAGAUAUUUUUGAGUUACGAAGACUGAUGGACAAACUUGAUAUGUCACAUCAUGAUAAAUAUGAAAAAUUGGUUUUACAGCAUGAAACAGAAAUAGAGAAAUUAAGAGCAGAACACGAGGAAAAUAUCGAAAACCGUGAUAAAUAUUGGCAAUCUGAAAUCGAUAUACUCAAUUCGACAAUAGCAAAUAUGAAACUUCAAAUGGAAAACGAAACGCAAGAAAAACUACAAAUACUGAUACAAAACCAUCAGGGUGAGUUAGAAGAACAAUGGGAAAAUCUAAUUCAACAGAAAAAAGAAGCGAUACAAUUUCUAGAAGAAAAAUAUAUUGCCAAAUGCGUACAACUUGAAGAACAGUUGAAUGUUUUACAAAAAUCACAUAGUGCACGCGAAGUGGAACUUUUAAAAACUGUGGAUUCUUUGAAAAAUGAAAUACAAAGUAAAGAAUCAAUUAUACAAGAUAUGCAAAGCAACAUGGAUAUGCUAGAAGGGGGUAUCCAAGUAUUAAAUAAAGAGCUGGCUGAGCAAUCUGAAUUAAUGGCGAAAGAAAAGAAAGAAAGCGAACAAAAACUGAGGAACAUUUUAUCGAAAAUUUCCAAAAUCCAAUCUGAAAAUGAGAAGGAACAAGAAACCUAUCGCUUAAAAUUCAUAAAUUCGCAGAAGCAAUAUCAACAAACAAUUGAUCACAUGCAAAGAAAAUAUCAAUGUCUGACGAAACUUUUUGAAGAAGUGAGGCAGAGAUACGAACGUCGCGAAUCGAAGCAAGAAGAUUUAAACAUCAUAGCCGAUUUAAAACAAAUAAUAACAGAACAAGAAAAAGAUUUGAAUUGCUUGAAUGAAGAGAAGCGUUAUUUUCAAAUGAAAUUAAUAGCCUUAGAAAAUUCCUUAGACCACAAAUGUUCAUCCGAAGACGAGUCAUUAAAAGAUGAAACAAUCUCAGAUUCCAAUUCUACUGCCUUGCCGAAUCAAUCAACAAAUACGUUGAAUUCUAAUUUGACUGAGACGAAAAACGGUGAUAUUAUAUCUGUCUGCGUACCUUUAGCUUUACCCGAUUUAAAUCAACAAACUACCUACUUAUCGAUUCCUCCAACGAUAGAAGAAUGCGAUGAAUAACUGCGUCACCAUUUUAAAUCAUAUUGCAAAAAGUUGUAAAAAUAAAAUAUGUCAAAACUUGCAAUUGUUAUAAGAUAGCCCUAGAAAUAAUUUUUUCAAUACUAUAUGUAUAUUCAACUCAUUUUUAUAUCUAUUUUGACUUUUUGGAAUAUGUGCUGGGCGUAGGUUUGGCAAUAUACAAUUGUUAGAUUUCAAUUAUCAAUGGUGUGAAUCCAAAUUAUAUUGUUCACUAUCAGCAUCAAUGUUAUUAAAAUACUUAACACGCACGAAUUUUUGUUGCUAGGAUACCAACAUACUUCUUUAUUCAAAUAAUGCAAGAAGAAACGUUUUUUUGAGUUUGUUUUCCACAACUACUUGCGUGCAGAUUGCCUUUUGUUAUUAUUUAUUUGUAUAUCUUUGAAUAAACAUUUAUUUUAUACUUUUUUCA